AUGGUCUCCAUCCAGGAGGGAUACCACUCCUUCCUGGGCACGAAGUCGGACGAGAAGGACGGCUCGAUCCUCUUCAAGGUGAAGAACGAGAACCUCGUCUGCAACCUCCCGGUCCUGCCCAACGUCUACGCGAGCGGCGAUGUCGGCGGACCCCUCCGCCUCGACGUCGGGUGCGUCAAGGUCCUCGGCAACAAACUCUGCCCCUCCUGCCGUGCAUUUGGGUUGACCAACGCCGACAUCAUCCACGACGCGCAGUGCGCCGCGCAGGCGCUCAAGGAGAGGCGCGCCGCAGCGGCGAACGUCGCCAAGAAGAAGACCUUCGAGAGCCUCAUCGUCGACAACAAGGUCGAGGUCGCGCGCGCGGCGGGCAAGGCCAAGGCGAUGGCGGCGCGCGACGGGAUCGGCUUCUGCCCGGCCUUCAACCAGACCGCCCUCCCGUGCAAGACCGCCGCUCGCUGCCGCUACGCGCCGUGCGUCAACUUCGAGGCGCUCCUCCACUCCGCCUUCAAGGACACUAUCUACGAGCGCAUGCCGAGCGCGGUGGCCGCAUUUGGAGGCCCUGCACGUCGGCCGCUGUCAGAGCGCGACCCGGAGGUUACAGACCUCGACCCAUUUGGGCGUCAGGCGUUCAUCGGCCUAACGCCAGAGCAGGUCGCUGCCUUUGGAGGCCCGCAGGUUCGUCCGCUCAGCUACCCUCCCUUUGACGAGCCCGAGGCUGCGCUCAAGGAUCUGUCCUCGCAGCUCUCGGACGCAGUGGCGGCCAACGCCAAGGCUGUCUCCGAACUGAUCGCGGCGGGGACCGCGCUGCGGCUCGAGCGCGACCAGGUCAACACCGCGCUGGCGGAGGUUCAGCAGAAGAAGCAGCUCGCGCGCCAGCUGCGGUGGAGGCCGGCCAAGGCAGCGACGGCCAGCGGCGGCGGCGUCAAAGCGACGGAUGACGGCGUGGGAGGCCUCCUUGCUGCCGCGGCCGCCGCGGCCGCCCUCUUCUUCGCGGCCAAUCCCGCGUGA